AUGAAACUUGAGGAGAAGGCUGUACUCCAGCUGUCCCAUGACCACAAGACAGAAGUGGUUCUUCGUAUGAAGCUACACAUUGGUGCUUUCUCUUUGGUCACUGUUCACCAGCCUGCUGUGCUCUCUGCAGCUCUGGGUCAGGAUGUCAUCAUGCCCUGUGAGCUCCGGCUGCAAGAUGAGAAGCUCCUGUCCCAGCCCAUCCUCUACUGGUGGAAGUUAAACGAGAUGGCUGCUGAUUUCAUACGGUUGAUCCCCUCACAGACCCCGAACAAUAGCCGUGCAACCCUUCUGGACAAUAACGGGACGUCAACAAACAAGUCGAUGAUUCUGAAAAGUGUGCAGUGGGCUGACAGCGGGAAGUACCGGUGCAAGCUCUCGCUUCACACAGAGAGGAAUGGAAAUUUUAGGCAGAAGGGGGACACAACUUCCCUUGUGGUUUACGGCACCAUGGUCUUUAAUGUCACCAAACACGCUCCCUGCAUGCUAGGCUGUGAGGUCAGCGUGACGCGGGAUGCUGGAUUUUCUUUGCACAUUUUUCACAACGGCCGUCGACUCCAAAAUGUUACCUCAGCUCCAGGAGACGCCGACGCCGCUCUGCCGUACUUCACUCUCUCUGAGACCGUACCUCUGUGGUCGCGUGGGAAAUACGAGUGCCAGCUGCACCUGAGGGAUGAUGUGAUUACAAAGAGCAUCUUCCACAGCAACCUGUCUGAAGUUGGAGGUGGUGAUAAAAAUGAGUCCACUACAUGUUCAUCAGUGCGUCAUGGCGUGUAUCCAGAGCCGUGGUUCUUGUACGUGGCCCUCCUCCUGGUGCCUGUCACCGUCCUCAUAGGUCUGUUGAGCGCCAUGCUGAUGUGCAGAUGACUUUAUCAGCAUCUGGCUGGAAUGGAGAAGCGGAGAUGCAGCUGUGGAGAUCCAGUCUG